AUGAUGACCACAUACGACAAACUAUUUUUUCUUUUCUGCUAUCUUUCCCUAGUAUUAUUUGUCCUCCUUUCAGCCUGCAAGCUGAGGCUUUACAGCAACCUCAACAUUCAAAAAAAUUGUUCAUUUUUUGGAGACUCGUUUGUUGGCACUGGCAACACUAGAAAAAAUGAAUUUAGUUCCUGGAAAGAUCCUUAUGGCAUAACUUUUCCUGAAAAACCUGCCGGAAGAAUCUCUGAUGGUCAAGUUCUAACUGAUUAUGUCGCAAAGUAUUUGGGACUAAGUACGCCACCCCCCUACCAAUUUAGAAAAGUGAUGCCACAACUUUUGAAGGAUGGGUUAAACUUUGCCUAUGGUGGUGCUGGAGUGUUUCAUACAGCUGCUUCAUACCCAAACAUGACUGUUCAAAUCAAUUUCUUUGAGGAGCUUAUUGACGAAAAAGUGUAUACUCUCUCAGAUCUCAACAACUCUAUGGCUCUAGUCAAUGUUGGUGGAAAUGACUACAGGUUCUUCUUGGACACAAAUGGCUCAGCUAAGGAUUUCCCGUCAUUCAUUGCCUCGUUGGUGAAUCAAACAAUCACCAAUUUGAUUUGCAUACAAAAACUAGGAGUGAACAAAAUCGUCGUGGAUGGUAUCCAUCCCGUUGGAUGCAUCCCUUUAUUCACAGCCACAACCUCGUACCAGCAUUCACAUUGCAAUAGCACCUUUAAUAACUUAGCCCUUCUCCACAAUCUCAUGUUGAACCAAUCUGUGGCCAAGUUGAAUCAAGAGGCCAAGGAUCACACCACCUUCGUAAUUCUCAACCUUUACGACAGCUUCUUCUCUGUGCUUAACAACACAUCAAAUGGUAACACUGUGAAUUUGUUAAAGCCAUGUUGUGUUGGGGUCAGCAGCCAAUAUUCAUGUGGGAGUGUAGACAACAAUGUGAAGAAAUAUGUGGUUUGUGAAAAUCCCAAAUCAGCUUUGUUUUGGGAUUUGUUCCACCCAAUGCAAGCAGGUUGGGAUGCUGUGUUUAACAAGUUGAUAAAGGAUGGUCUUCAUCAACUUAAAUACUAG